AUGUGGUCCGGGUUUGAUAAGGGCAGUGGGAAGCUGGAUGCAGCCAGCAAUAGUCAACAAGAAACACUGGCCGACAUCGAGCACAUUUCGACGAUUGCCGGUUCGCUCGGAAGCAUCGGGACAAUCUCGCAGUCCGGCGACGGAGAACCGGUUUAUGAAACAGACCACACCGAUCUCAACUCCGAGUACGACGAGGUGGAGCUUCGCCGCGAGCUUAUGAGAGAUAAAUGGCGCCAAUUGUUCGAUGCGUUCGAUCCAGAAGGAUUUGGCGAAAUUCCCGUGGACGAGUUUGUUGUAGCUCUCAAAUCACCAGAGUUUCUUUCCAAUGUACCACCUAACAAGCGUGACAUAUUGUACGAUCGGGUGCUAAAAGCAAAGACCUCUAAUGUGGAGUCCAUCUCCUUUCAAGACUUUGUAAACGUGAUGAGCGGCAAGCGUUCGCGUAGCUUCAAAUGUGCAGUGCAUCAUCGCGAUCGAGAGGUUUGUUCUGAGAACGAUUUUCAUCUGUUAUUUGAAAAUCCACCAUUAUUCCGCAGGAUGGUGCACGUAAUUGCAAUGGAAGUGCUCCCCGAGGAGCGGGAUCGGAAGUAUUAUGCAGACAAUUACUCAUGCUGUCCACCUCCGUUAUUUGUGAUAUUAGUUACAAUUGUUGAGCUCGGAUUCUUUGUCUACCACUCAUUGACGCUUGGCCCAGCGGAUCCGGCCGGACCGGUUCCGAUCGAUUCGAUGUUCAUCUAUCGACCAGACAAGCGACAGGAGGUAUGGCGAUUCCUGUUUUAUAUGGUCCUUCAUGCAGGAUGGUUCCAUCUAGGGUUUAAUCUUAUUAUACAACUGCUUGUUGGGUUACCAUUAGAGAUGGUACACGGAUCAGCAAGAAUAGGUUGUGUAUAUCUAGCAGGAGUCCUGGCAGGAUCGUUAGGUACCAGUGUGUUCGACCCAGAGGUGUAUCUUGUAGGUGCCAGCGGGGGUGUAUAUGCUCUUCUUGCAGCGCAUCUAGCAAAUGUCAUGUUGAACUACCGCAACAUGCAAUAUGGUGUUCUCCGAUUACUAGCGAUAUUUCUUUUCGCAUCCUGUGACGUUGGAUUUGCGAUAUACUCCCGGUAUGCGGUGGAACCAGCCAGCGGGGCGCCAUCAGUUUCGUACGUGGCGCAUCUCACCGGAGCACUAGCAGGACUUACUAUCGGCCUGCUGGUGUUGAAGAACUUUGAGCAAAAGUUGCACGAACAACUGCUCUGGUGGGUUGCACUCGGAGUGUAUGCGGCUUGCACGAUUUUCGCAAUCGUGUUCAACCUGCUCAACACCGUCACCGUUCAGAGGCUCGAGGAGGAAAGCGAGGAGGUAUUUAAGCAGCAACUAUUUACCAAUUUCGGUUUCUAA